AUGAUAAUCAGUUCACUGAUAGAUCCUACACCAUUACAAUAUAAUUAUGGAGCAAAACAUCCAGAAUUAUCAACUAAUUAUUCAGAAAGAGUAAAUAUCACUCUGCACGGAACUUCACAAUUUUAUGUUUAUCCAAAAUGGUCAAUUUAUUUAGGUUGGACCAUGAGUGGAAUAUCAAUUAGCAUGAUUCCAUUGGUAUUUUUCAUUGUUUUAGUUAAAAAUGGUUUUAGAAUGAAGAUUAGUGAAGUUUUCUCAAUGGGACCACUUGAUGUAUGGCCAGUCAAGAAACGAAAUCAAAUAUGUAAUCGAUAUUUCAACCGGAGUGAAGGAAACCAUGACAAGAAACAUACUAGCAAAAUAAAUGAUGAUAAAAACAUACAAAGUAAUCAUUAUGAAUCUACAAGAUAGGCAAAUUAAGACCUAGAGUUUAUCAAUUCAUACAUAAGAAACAUUUACAAUCACAAUCUACCAGAACAAUUACGAAAUAAUUAAAA